GUGGCCAGGAAGUGCAAAACAACAUUACAAAGUGUGAAACACUUUUACAAAACUCGAGACAAAUUUACAUUUUGGAAAACAUUUUUACCAAUCAUAAAACACAAUUACAUGGGGAAAACACUUUUACCAAGGACGAAACAAAUUUACAUUUUAGAAAAAAAAUCUAAAAGACGCAAAACACUUUUACCAGUCCCGAAACAAAUUUACAAUGACAGAUUCUUCACGGAAAGGGAAUGUACCACACACCGGAAGUGACGCGGUGAAAGGUGUUGUUGUUGUUAGUGAGCCCGGUAAAUUUGUGUUGAGUAAAUGGCUUAAAGUUUAUGGUGAUCGAGCAUGGACUGCGACCGAGGGAUGUUUUGCCCGUUUUGGGGCAAACACAUGAGCAGCUUAACGCGGUUUUGCUUUGCGUGUGGUCGGUGUUUGGAGUUCCUAAAGGACGCGGACCAGACGGAAUACCGGGGACGUCUCGACAGCCGGACAGUGCUAAGCAAACAGAACAACCAUGCCCAUCAUAUAGACAGUUCAUGGAGUACAGAAGCUCGAAGUCAAAAGAACGGCAGUCUUUUAACUAUGGGCCAAAAGGAAGAUUUAAGCCUAAAGAAAGAAAACACGUCCAGAUAAAUGUAGGAUUGAUGGUGCCACAUGAAACUGAUGGAACCGAUUUAAAACCUCUAAGAGGAAAAACACUCCAGUUAUUUACAGACCUGGAGGUAGCAGCACCUGAACUACUGAAACAAGCUGUACAGAAAAUGAGAAUAUUUAACAAGGACAUGCACGAAGGACCUUACGUCCGUUUGUAUCCAGACUGCUCAGAGGUGGUCCAUGUGCCUGGGUCAGAAAGGCCAUUCAAAUUGGCAGAAUAUAAAAAGGAAAUAGGAAAGGCAUAUUCCAGGAUCACUUUUUUCAUUUGCCUAGAAAAAUACUAUAAAAGAGUGGAUGAUACCUCAGACUCUGAUUCUGAAAUUGUCAUCACAACAAGGAGCACGACUGAAUUCAAUUGAGCUGACACUUUGGUUUUUGAACCACAAAAUCGAAGUACUCCCAAACUCAAGCUGGAAGAUGAAAGGUA